GGUACUUUCAAACCUCUAGAGUAGAUCUGAAUAGUUGUUACAAUCUCCUUCACUGCAUUCACCGCCGGCUUUUUCUUCUUCUUCUUCUCUGUGUGAACGCAUCUGGGAGUGUAAAUCCACUCACUCACUCACUCUCGCUUUAUCUCUCUCUUUUACAGUCUUUUCUUCACCACUCUCUGUUGUCCCCUGUAAUUGAAUUGCCAAAAUGAUGCACUCAAAGUUCAUCACAUUUGGGAAGAUGCUGGUGCGUAGGCGUGUGCUGGACACCACGGAUAUGGAGACUCGCUUUGCUCGCUGUCUGUCCACGUUGGACCUCAUUGCGCUGGGUGUUGGAGCCACACUGGGGGCUGGAGUGUAUAUUCUAGCUGGAGAAGUGGCUCGGGAGAAAGCUGGCCCUGCCAUUGUGAUUUGUUUCCUGAUUGCAGCUCUGUCUUCUGUGCUUGCUGGACUGUGUUAUGCUGAAUUCGGUGCACGCGUCCCCAAAACAGGCUCGGCCUACCUUUACAGCUAUGUAACUGUAGGAGAAAUCUGGGCGUUCAUCACUGGAUGGAACCUCAUUCUAUCCUAUGUAAUAGGCACUGCCAGUGUGGCUCGAGCGUGGAGCUCCACUUUCGACACCCUGGUCAAUCAGACGAUCUCAAACUUUUUCAGUAAAUACAUGUCUAUUCCAAACACCGGAAAUGUGCUGGCAAAAUAUCCGGACGUGUUUGCACUAGGUCUUGUUAUAGUGCUUACUUGCUUGCUGGCGUUUGGUGUGAGUGAGUCAGCCCUGGUGAACAAGAUUUUCACAGGCAUCAACCUGUUGGUGUUGAGUUUUGUCAUCAUUGCUGGCUUUGUGAAGGGCGACACUGCCAACUGGAACAUCACAGAGGAGGACAUCAAAACCAACAAAAGCCCUCCAGUGCCCUAUGAAACAAACUUUGGCACAGGUGGAUUUGCACCAUUUGGCUUUUCUGGGAUAUUGUCUGGUGCAGCCACUUGCUUCUAUGCAUUUGUGGGUUUUGACUGCAUUGCAACCACAAGUGAAGAAGCCAAAAACCCUCAGCGUUCGAUACCAAUAAGCAUAGUGGCUUCACUGCUCAUCUGCUUUGUCGCUUACUUUGGAGUGUCUGCAGCUCUCACUCUGAUGAUGCCUUACUACAUUCUAAACACUAACAGCCCAUUGCCAAAAGCCUUUGAAUAUGUGGAAUGGAUGCCUGCUCGCUAUGUCGUGACUGUAGGUUCCCUCUGUGCCCUUUCCACCAGCUUGUUGGGCUCCAUGUUCCCCAUGCCACGUGUAAUCUUUGCCAUGGCUGAGGAUGGCCUGCUGUUCCGUUUCCUCUCCCGCAUGCACAAGAAAACUAAGACCCCCAUGCUUGCCACCAUUGUGUCUGGCAUUAUAGCAGCUUUGAUGGCCUUCUUGUUUGAUCUGGCCGCCUUGGUGGAUUUGAUGUCCAUUGGGACCCUUUUGGCUUACACACUUGUGGCAGUCUGUGUGCUCAUUCUCAGGUACCAGCCAGGCAGCCUGAAUUCCAGUGCUGAAAAAAAGCCGAUAGUGCUGCAGACACUGAUAGAAAAGGAGAAGAUAAGCACGCUGAAGAAAGAGCCAGUUAAUGAGACGUUCUCCCCCAGACAUUUGUUGCUGCCUAACUCUGACUCACCCACCAAAAUCUCAGGCCUCAUUGUCUAUGUCACCACAGCGAUUACCUGUGUUUUGUUCACACUCCUGUGUAUUGUGCUGGCUGUGUGGGGUGAAAACAUCAUAGAGGGUCAGUCAGUAUGGAUCACUGUGAUGACUCUGCUCAUCAUUGUCUCCGCCAUCUGCAUUAUCAUCAUCUGGAGACAGCCCCAAAGCAGCGAGGAAGUCAGCUUCAAGGUACCUAUGCUUCCUAUCUUGCCUUUGGUCAGUAUUUUUGUUAACAUCUACCUCAUGAUGCAGCUGGAUGGAUCAACGUGGAUUCGUUUCACAGUAUGGAUGAUUAUUGGUUUUUUGAUUUAUUUUGGGUAUGGAAUCAGGAAUAGUUCUGAAGCCAGAAAGAAUUCGGGGGCUGUCCUGGAAGAAAAGCAGACAAUAUUUGCAUGUGAAAAUACAUUUGAACGAACUGCAGCCUAAAUAGUGAGUAAAAUAUAGUGUAUGGUUUACAAUGGGGUUAUUUAAACCCCGUUUACACGCACAAUUCUUUGCUUUUUACACAUCAGGUUGCCUUGUUUUAUUUUAUACGUGAAUGAGUUGUUUAUCUUCUUAUCAGUGGUUUAAAUUUAUGAAGAAUUAAUGACAAAAGACAUUCAUAAUGCACUCUUUGAGCCAAAUCUGACUCUAAUUGUUAUUAUUAUUAUUAUUAUAAAUAUAAAUAAUUAUAAAUAUAAUAAAUACAAUUUAUUAAAAAAUAAAUACAAUAAUUAUAAUAGCAGUGUCCCACUGUGUCAGCAUGGCUCUUAAAUAUAUCCUCAUGAUAUAACAAAAAUACAGUAACAACAGAAAGAAUUGUGCACUUAAUUCAAUCUGAUUAGCGUUUGGCAUGAGUUCCAUUGGUUCUUCUUCUGUUUACAUUUUAACAUGGUGUUUUUGUUAUAUAACUGGGGUCUUGCCACAAAGUUAAAUAUACUGUAUCUCACAAAAUUGAGUACCUCACAUUUUAGCAACCAAGGGACAAUACUAUAGAAAUGAAUGUGGAUAUAUUUUAGUGUAUUCAAUGUGCAGCUUGUAUAGCAGUAUAGAUUUA